AAUUAGCCUACAAAUACCCUUGAGACAUUGCCCUUUCUAAACUUGAAAUCACUUGGUUGAAGCAGAAAAAUGGCCACCUCAAAACUUCAAGUCGCAAUGUUUCCCUGGUUUGCCUUUGGCCACUUUAUUCCUUACCUUCACCUCUCAAACAAGCUUGCAGAGAGAGGUUUCAAGGUCUCCUACUUAUUGCCCAAAGGAGCCUCGCUAAAGCUACAACAACUCAACCACCACUCAGAACUUAUUCACUUCCUUACUCUUGCGGUUCCCCAUGUAGAUGGUCUCCCUCCAGGUGCUGAAACUGAUUCCGAUGUACCAUUCUCUCUUCAUGACCUCCUUGUUUCUGCCAUGGACAAAACUCGAGAUAAAGUUGAGACCAUUCUCAGCAAUCUCAAGCCAGAUAUUGUCUUCUUCGAUUUUGCACGAUGGAUUCCAGCAAUAACCCGUCAGUUAGGCACCAAAUCAAUCCACUUUUCCGCGGUUAACGCAUGCGCAUAUGCGUUCUUCAUGGUUCCAGCUCGAAGAAUUUCUGUGGAGACUACCUUGGAAGAGCAAAUCCAACCACCGCCUGGCUACCCAUCUGCUACUGUGAUAAUAAAACCCAAUGAGGCCCCUCAUAUUGCUCCGCUAAACGAUGCCCCUGCAAGGGCUUCCCUUUACGAACGCUUAACUGACAGCUUGAAAGAAAGCGAUGCAAUUGCUAUGAGAACUUGCCGUGAAAUCGAGGGACCUUACUGUGACUAUCUUGCACAACAGUACUCAAAGCCUGUGCUGUUAACAGGGCCUGUAUUGUCUGAAACACAAGCUGCACAGCUUGAAGAGAAAUGGGAUAAGUGGCUAAACAAGUUUGAGCCAGGUUCAGUGGUGUAUUGUGCAUUUGGUAGCCAAAUGAGACUACAAAAGGAGCAAUUCCAAGAGAUGAUAUUGGGGUUUGAGUUAAGUGGGUUUCCGUUCUUGGUAGCUCUGACGCCACCUCAUGGAUGUUCAACCAUAGAAGAAGCAUUACCUGAGGGAUUUAAAGAGAGAAUUGCUGACAGAGGUUGGGUAGAUGGAGGAUGGGUACCACAGACACUGAUACUAAAACAUGCUUCUAUUGGGUGUUUUGUGAGUCACUGUGGAUUUGGUUCGAUGUGGGAAUCUUUGGUUAGUGAUUGCCGAAUAGUGUUGAUUCCAUAUCUGCCUGCCCAAGCAAUGGCUGCUAAAUUAAUGGUAGAAGAACUGAAGGUGGCAGUAGAAGUGGAGAGAAGAGUUGACGGGAUGAUUGGGAAGGAAGGUUUGAGGAAGGCAAUCAAAUCAGUAAUGGACAACGAGUGCGAAUUGGGUAAAUCACUGAAGAACAAUCAUUUUAAGUGGAAAAAUAUAUUUUCUGGCAAGAAUUGGCAAGAUGAGAUGAUUGAUAUUUUCGUUCGAGAUCUGCAGUUUAUUUUGGAAUCUGGGAAAUAGAAAUCUCCAGGGGCCUUCAUGCUCAUGCAUAUGCAAUUUAAAUGCAGAAAUGUAUAAGCUCUGUAGGUUGAGUGGGCAGUGGGAGACAGCUGUGAUCUUGUUAUAAUUUUGAGUGCAUAUUCAUAUAU